UUGAUGGGAAUUGUAGUCAUAGAAUCUCCUGUAUUUCCUGGAAAGGAGACAAGGAAAAGUCUUAAGAAGUUCUUGCUCGCCUCUAAAAAGUUGUUUACCUGACUUCAUCCACGGUGUAAAGUGAUAAAGGUUGAAACGAAAAACAGAAUGUCUCUGAUGGAGCACGGUGGUGGCGCCCACAACAGGCCGGUGACGGCAGUGGCCUGGGCCUCCAACAGCAGCACCUGUCCCAAAGACUUCAACCUGAUUAGUAUAACUGAGGAUGGAGCUGCUGCAAACUUCACACGGAGCUUCGCCAUGAAGGCUGGCUACUACCUCUGCUACAGCAAGGACAUGUCAGGUGGUAUGGUAGUAUCAGAUGUCCAGGUGAUCUCAGACAAGGAGACUGUUCCUCAUGGGUACUGUUACAUACCUGAACACCUGGAGCCUAGGGCCUCCGUGUCUAAGAAGAAGCGUGUGUGUGUCCGCAUGGUGCCAGUGGGCGGUGUGGAGACUGCUGUACUGGACAUCAAACUGACUGCUAAGACUAGGAGGAUGCUGCAGCACUACACCUGCUUAGGGGACAUGCAUGGCUAUGUGAUGUGGUGUAAGAAGGGGCCCUUCUCCAGCCCUCUACCCCAGGCAAAGCCUCGCAGCCUCAGCCUUGACCUCCGUCAGCUCUCGCUGGACCAGAAUCCCCCUCCGCUACCCCUCAGACCCAGCAAUGCUCCACCCAUGCCCCCUGGCAGGAAGCUCAGCCAUCGCCGCAGCAACCUCCAAUUGAACGACGCUGUGGACAAAGUGGUUGACAGCAGCAACAUCUACGGCAUCUCAGCCAUAGAUGGUGUUCCCUUCACUCUACACCCCAAGUUCAAGACCCAAACGAACGGCAUGACUCCAACAAACACUCUGAACAACAUUCGCAUCAAGUCUGUCCAGGACAUUGAAAAUGAGUACAACUACACUUUCACCGUGGAGGAAAACGCAGCCAAGAGAACCACACCUCUCACCACAGGAAGCACCUCUUAAGCUCAAUGACCUUUCAUCUCCGACCUCAACAACGUCGGCCUGCUCGACCCACAACACUACGGAGGUCAAUGUGAUAUGUGCCUGGGUCAUGAAAUGAUAAUCAAUGUCCAAGUGCCUAGAAGAUGACUGACUAGAACAGAAGAGUCAUUCUACAUUCCAGAGUUCCUUUGUUGUACCCACAUUCUACAUUCCAGAGUUCCUUUGUUGUACCCACAUUCUACAUUCCAGAGUUCCUUUGUUGUACCCACAUUCUACACUCCAGAGUUCCAUUGUUGUACCCACAUUCUUAUUCCGUGUUCUAAACUCUUGCACAUUUCAUUCUCACUCCCUGUAUAUGGGGCCAGUUAUAUAUGUUAGGGAUGACUCUUCCCCCGUAUAUGGGGCCAGUUAUAUAUGUUAGGGAUGACUCUUCCCCCGUAUAUGGGGCCAGUUAUAUAUGUUAGGGCCAGUUAUAUAUGUU